AAACAGAUAAUGUGUAUUAAACUAUCAAUAAACUAAAAGUUUUGUAACACCCCUAUACUGUGGUUAGAAAAAGGGAAGUACUAACAGAGAAACACCCAUGCGGAACUGCCAAGCUUUGCACAAUGUAUGCUUUGCCGCUGUUAAAUAUAUACUAAGCAACCUAUACUGUGGUUAGAAAAAGGGAAGUACUAACAGAGAAACACCCAUGCGAAACUGUCAAGCUUUGCACAAUGUAUGCUUUGCCGCUGUUAAAUAUAUACUAAGUAAACUGUUAUAAGCGUUGCACAAUGUAUGCUUUGCCGCCAAUAAGUAUGUAUUAAGCAAAAUGUUAUAUAAACCAUACCAUAUAUGGGAUUACCAGGAGGAAGAAAAUGCAGAGUACAACACUAAAGGAAAGCAGAAGUGCAAGAAUACGGAAGAAGAAGAGUAUAAAAGACUAGUGAUUUGUUUUAAGCGUGUGGCAGUGGUGGAGCGCAGACUCCCCUGUCACCCAGCGCUGCUUUUGCUCGCUUUCUACUUGCUAUGAAUCAAUAAAACCCUGAAUAUUACUCAGUCAAUUUAACGAGUAAUUUUUAACAAAUUGGUGCCGUGACUCGGAUGGGAAAUUAGUGCUCUACCAUCCCCUGGGGAGGCGCCCCGAGUGUUUCUCGGCCCCCGGGGUCAGUGGACCACUUUUGCCCACUUCGACGAACCUAAAUUCUAGAAAGCGAGCAAUUGAGACCGGAAACGAUCCCUUAAUCUUUGGUGCACUAAAGUCCGGACGAAGACGCAGGAUUGCGUAAGUAUAAAAAGGUGUUCCGUUCGGGCGGGGUCGGGAUUCCUGGAAUAUAACGACUGAGAGGUUCGACAUACUGAACCAAGUGAGUGUGGACCCUUUAGUACUACGUUUCCCAACUCCCGCGAGGGACUGGGCUAGGAACGAGGGGAGCGAGAGUGAGUGUGUGUGACGAUAUUCCAGAAGAUGGGGGCAGAAGGAAGCAAGCUUUUGAACCCCAUGGGGAAGGUCCCCAAGGAUACCCCUCUUUCAUUCAUGUUAAAUAAUUGGAGGUAUUUUCCUGGAACAGCAGGGAAAACUAAAGAAAAGAUGAUAGAAUAUUGUAUUAAGAAAUGGGGAGGGAAGAAAAUAAAGAAAGGAGUUACCUGGCCUGUUUAUGGGUCGGAUGAAAAUUGGGUAAAACAACAAUUGAAUUCCUGGGUGAAUGGUAAGAAUCCAUUUAAUCCAGAGGAGAGUGCAUAUGCAGCAAUUUGGGUAGAAAAGCCUCAGACCUUCUUAUUUUAUUUAAAAGAAAAGAAGGAGAGAGAAGAAAAAGAGGAGGAACUUUUAUUAAAUCUACCCCCAUAUGUUCCUCCGGCACCGGCACCAGUACCACCACCACCUCCAGUAGUGCCAGAUGCGCCUAAUAUUGCAGAUCAUAUAACCCCUCCAGCUAGGAGGAAAACCAGGAGUCAAAGAGAUCAGGCUCAAGUGUAUCCCCUAAGGGAGGUUCCUAUGGGAGGACCCCAACCUGGAAUAGGAUAUGUAUCUGUUCCCCUAAAUUCGGGAGAUUUAAGGGAAUUUAAGAGGACUGAAAUGGGGAAUUUAUUAGAUGACCCAUUGGGUGUAGCCGAAAGGUUAGAUCAGUUUUUGGAACCCAGCUUAUACACAUGGACAGAAAUGAGCUCUAUAUUAAGUCAGCUGUUUACCGCUGAAGAAAGAGACAUGAUUAGACGGGCAGGAAUGAGACUAUGGGAUGCCCGACAUGCCCAAGGGCCACAAGCCGACAUCAAAUGGCCUCUCCAGAACCCAAAUUGGGACAAUCAAAAUCCGGAGCACAGAGUCCAUAUGGGGGAUUUAAGAACUAUAGUCAUCCAAGGCAUUCGGGAAGCAGUACCCCGUGGACAGAACAUUAGCAAAGCCUUUAACGAAAGACAGAAAAAAGAUGAAAGUCCCACCGAAUGGUUAGAAAGGUUGAGGAAAGCUCUGCAGCUGUAUUCUGGAGCAGACCCACACAGCCCUUUGGGACAGGCUGUAUUAAAAACUCAUUUUGUGGCUAAAUCUUGGGAGGAUAUUAGAAAAAAAGCUUGAAAAAUUGGAAGAUUGGCAGGAUAGAGGUUUGGAUGAGCUGUUGAGAGAAGCUCAGAAAGUAUAUGUAAGGAGAGAGGAAGAGAGUACUAAACGACAGGUAAAGAUGAUGAUUGUGGCAGUUAGAGAAGAUAGGAGAGGACGUCCAGGGGGAUUAAGGGAUAAAAAAGGGCGGCCAGAGAAUGUAGAACGAAAAGAACAGGGAAGUUGUUUUUACUGUGGCAAGAAGGGACAUAUUAAGAAAAACUGCCGAGAGCGAAUUCGAGAUGAGGAAUUGAUAAAGGCAGAAUAGGAUAGUCAGGGGCUCUAUAUUAUAGGGGAUCGGAGUCACCAAGAGCCCUUGAUAAAAUUAAAGAUAGGUCCCCUAAGACAAGAGUUCACCUUUUUAGUAGACACAGGGGCAGAACGAUCAACAAUUAGGAACUUGCCGGAAGGAUGCAAACUUUCUGAUGAAAAAGUUCAAGUUAUUGGAGCAAAAGGAGAACCUUUUAAGGUAAAUAAAAUUAAAGAUGUAGUAUUUGAAUCAGAAAACAAAUUUGGAGUGGGUGAACUCUUGUUGGUUCCCGAAGCAGAUUUUAAUUUACUUGGACGGGAUCUGAUAGUAGAAUUACAAUUAGAGAUUAAAGUGAAAAGGAAAAAGUUAGAGAAGAAAGCAUAAAAUUGCUUAACUUUUUAGCAUUAAAAGGGGUUACGAGUGUCAGAAGAAAAACUUCAAUUUGUAGAAGGAAGAGUUAAAUAUUUAGGCCAUUAUUUAAUUAAAGGACAAAAAAUAAUAGACCCAGAGCGAAUUAAAGGAAUAUUGGAAUUGACAAUGCCUGGAAAUAAAAGACAAAUAAGGCAAGUUUUAGGUUUAUUUGGCUAUUGCAGGCAAUGGAUAGAGAAUUACAGUGCAAAAGUAAAAUUUUUAUAUGAACAAUUAACCAAAAAUAAUUUGCCGAAAUGGACUUUACAGGAUAAAAAGAACUUUGAAAAUUUAAAGAAGGAUUUGAGUCAAGCACCAGUCCUUAGUUUACCAGAUGUAAAAAGACCUUUUCAGUUAUUUGUAAAUACGGACAGAGGAACAGCCUUUGGAGUUUUGACCCAAGAAUGGGCAGGGAAAAGGAAGCCAGUGACAUAUUUAUCGAAAUUAUUAGACCCUGUAAGCAGAGGAUGGCCAACAUGCAUACAAAUUAUUGUAGCAGCAGCAUCAUUAUUGGAAGAAGCAAACCGCAUCACUUUCAAUGGAGAAAUAGUUUUAUAUGCACCUCAUAACAUUAGGGGGGUAUUACAGCAAAAGGCAGAAAAAUGGCUUACAGAUAGUCGAUUAUUAAAAUA